CCCGCAGCUCUGCGCCCCAGCGAGCGGCCGCCCCGCGCCCCGACCGCCCCAACGGCCGCCAGCCCCGAGGGCGCCAUGAGGCACCCGCGCCGCGCCCCGAUGCUGCUCCUGCUGCUGCUGUGGCCGCUGCUGCUCGCGCCCCGCGCCGGGGACGCCGCCGUCAUCACCGGGGCUUGCGUCGACGACUUCCAGUGUGAUGGAGACACGUGCUGUGCUGUGAGUCUCUGGAUCCGGGGCCUCAGGCUGUGCACACCCAUGGGCCGAGCAGGGGACAGCUGCCACCCACGGUCUCGGAAAAACCAUUUUGGAAAUGGAAGGCAGGAAAGAAGAAAGAGGAAGAGAAGAAAGAGGAAAAAGGAGGUUCCAUUUUUUGGGCGGAGGCUGCUUCACACGUGUCCGUGCAUGCCUGGCUUAGCCUGCUCACGAGCUUCAGUCAACCGAUUUGUUUGUUCCCGAAAGUAAUCGCUGUAGAGUAGAAACUUGAAAUGUGAACAGCCACAUGAUGCCUGUAGCAUCUAUUCCUUGCUCUUGUGCCAGACGUAUAGUGCGCCAGACAGAACGCUAGUGCUUCCUCCGCCUUCCGAGUGGCGCUGCUGGCUUUGAGUUUUAAAUGACCUCUUUUUAUUGAAAAACAUUUAGUUUGGGGUAGAAACGUAAUGUUCAAGGCAUUGUGGAACUGGUUCUAAUUUCCCGGUUUGUAUUAGGGUUUGGUUUGGCUUUUUUUAAUGCCAAAUCUCACCCAUUUUCACAAAAAUGAGGACAAUAAGAAUUUGAUAUUUUGUUAUAGACACCUCUUUUUUCUUAAACCCUUCUCCUCCCAUCCCUGCCCCACACACAUCCUCGCUCACCCUUUGAUCUCUGGCUCCUCAAGAAUUUCGAGGACCUCACUUUGUUCUCUGCCAUUUGCUUCCCUUUGCUUGUGGCAUUUUAACAUACAUGUGUGGUGGGGGAGGGGCGUCCAUAUCAUCCAGUUUGCUGGUGGCGUCACUGAGGAAAAGCAAGCUUUUUGAUGAUGCUUAAGCAGUGAAGAGUGCAGAGCUAAACUAGACACUCCAAGCAUCUCACAUGGAGUGAGGGUGAGGAGCUGAUGGCCGCCAUGGGCCUGUCUGCGCAGGCCUCAGGCCUGUUGGGUGCCCCUGUGGGGACAAAGGAAUUGAGGGUCAAACUAAUUUAGUCCAGAUUUAUAGAUGGUUUUUUUAAAGAAUUCCCAAUACAGCAGUGAUUUUCAGCUGGUGUGCCCUAGCACACUGGCGAGCCACAAGAAUUUUUGAAACAUGCAACACCUGACUCUUUCCCUUAGAUUGUCAAAUUACAAAACGACAGCAGCCAACACACAAUACCCAUCUGGUGUGAAUGAAUCAAAUUUAUAAUUUAUUUUGUCAGACUGGCAAAAUACUCUUUUUGGUGUGCUGCAGAAUUUCAGUAAUCAGUUUAUGUGCAAAUCGCUGCAGCACAGUAUUACAUUUAUUUCUUUUUUUAUUAGAAAACUCUUGUAGUUAGAGAUAUUCCCAAAAAUGUCACUUGAAGAGGAAGCAUUGAUUUUAUUCUGGCAUAAAACUAGUUAUUCUUUUAAAAUCAGUAUUAACUUGCAAUUUAAACUUCAUUUGUAACCAAAAGUUCUGUUGUAAUGGAUUGCCUGACAUCCUGCCAUUUGCACCUGUAUCACUAUUGCUGUGUAAAAAUUCUGUAUCAGAAUUUCUGUAUCAAAAAUCCUGAAUCAGUACUGUACACCACGUGCUUUAUUUUAAUAUUAUAUCCCUAUUUUGUCACAGUUGUCUUCAGUUUUUAUGACAAGCUGAUUUUUAUAGAGCCCACAUCCCAGACUUGGCAAAGACGCUCCAGUUGGUCAAAUAGCACUAUUGUCUGCGCGUUUUCAUUUCACAUACAGGACAAUUCUGUUUGCAUGAAUGUUAAGUAAGUACAAAAACCAUGUAAAUCAGCGAGGUUUGGGAAAAUGAAGGGAAACUAUGACAUACAGAACUGACUGCAACCAGAACGACUCGUGGGUGUCCCUGCCGACUCAGCAAGUGGUGACGGCGUGUUCGGCCUGGCGCGGGGGCCGGGGCCGGUGCUCGCCAGACAGCAAUGCCAGCGUGGCCUGGCCUUGAAGACCAGCGAGUGUAAAUGGACUCAAUGUGACCAAUAAAUCACUAUGAG